AUGUUUGGAUUUGCAUCGGUACUCGCUUGUCUUAUAACCAGUGUUCUUUCAACCAUCCAGGAGUUCACUAUGGCAGCAUCCAGGGCCCUAAUAUACAUGGAACUGGUGCUGCUUUUUUGGUUUUUCAUUGAAUACAUUGUACGAAUGUGGAGCGCUGGCUGCAGGCCACGAUACCAGACUUGGAGAGGGCGUCUUCGGUUUGCUAGGCGUCCCUUCUGCAUCGUGGACAUCAUUCUAAUCGUGGCCAGUGUGAUUGUAAUUGCGAGUGACAAUACAAGCAACGUAUACGCGGCAAGUGCUUUGCGUGGCCUUCGAUUCUUCCAAAUCUUACGAAUGAUUCGUGUCGACCGAAGGGCAGGAUCAUUCAAACUUCUAGCCUCAGUUGUAUGGGCCCAUCGUCAGGAACUCUUCACAACAAUGUACAUAGGCUUUCUGGCACUUAUUUUUGGUUCGUUUCUCAUUUACUUGGUGGAAAAAAAGGACAACAGGAAAAUCCAAAGCUUUGCGGACGCUCUUUGGUGGGGCAUUAUAACGCUUUGCACUGUCGGUUAUGGAGACGCGGUACCAAAAACUUGGAUAGGGAAAAUUAUUGCGGCUUUCUGCGCCAUUGCUGGAAUAUCCUUCUUCGCCCUUCCUGCCGGCAUACUGGGUAGUGGAUUUGCCCUGAAGGUGCAACAGCAACAACGCCAGAAGCACUUGAUUCGAAGACGCAUACCUGCCGCUACUCUCAUCCAAUGCAUGUGGCGCUGCUAUGCUGCCGACAAACAGUCCACUUCCGUCGCCACAUGGAAUAUUUACACACCCCAAACUAUCAUCGAUCCCUUGUUCCAGCCAACGGGGUCAAUUUCUGAGCGAAGUGGUUUUGGGCGAUUCGGUCAGCGUCUUUCAUCGAUUAGAAGGAAAGCUGAAAAAUUAAAAAUUGGAAAUACAGUUCCGGGAAGUGGUCUAAGGCCAGCUCUGGCACAGGCCAAUCUUUCAUUCAUCUUACCAUCUCCACUUACCGGGAGGGAAGGCAACCACUUAAAAUCACUUGAAUACGCUCCCACACCUUCGGCUCCUGUUUUACUUAGGAAAGUCAAAUCAGAAUACAAAAUUGACGAUAGCCGAAGAAAGUUUGUAUCAGCGCGUCAAAAGGACACCUCAGCACCACCGGAAAACAGCGAUAGCGUGAUUACUCCAGAUUCAAGCGACGAUCAGAGUGACAGCUCCUCGUCACAGGGUAGAGCUCUGGAAAUGGUCAGCCCGACAGAAGCACGUGAGAGGAGAAUGGGAAACUACUACCUAGAAACAAGCCGCCCAUUAACUGAAAAUGACAAAGUUGUCAUCCGGGUGAUCCGCAAAAUCCGGCUCUAUGUCGCAAGACGGAAGUUUCGCGAGGCCCUUCGACCUUAUGAUGUCAAAGACGUUAUUGAGCAGUAUUCUGCCGGACAUUUGGAUAUGGUUUCGAGGGUGAAGAUACUUCAAUCACGGCAAGUUUUCCUUUUUUCUCAAAUAGGUCUGCUGAAGCGACUGGACAAGAAGAUAGACAUCGUGAUGCAGUUAUGCCAAAGUCUUGCGGGGCAGCGACCUCACACUGGCAGUCUUCCCCCUCCUGGUGUGGUUCCCCUAUAUGCUCAUAAGCCUUCUCAUCACAGCAGGGAGACGUCCUCUCGCGUAUCUCUGCUCCGAACGUCCCUGAACCUCUAUCCGGAUCAAACGCGCUCCCACGAGGAUCUAUCCACCUCGCCGACCUCUUCGUCAACCCUCUGUCCUCCCUCCCCAGCUUAUGAGCCCACCUCUACUUCCUCUAGACGAGGCAAACAGUCCGUCUCCUUUAGCUGCGAAACUGUUCUUCAUCCAUCUCGAGGGUACAUUAGUCCCGAAGUGUUGGAUGCGCAAGCUAGAGUAGAGAAGAGAAUGAAAGGGGAUGCAGGCCAGGGUAAUCAGGAAAAGGCGGACGCAAGGAAGAGUCAGAUGUUUGAGACAGAGGAGGACGCACUAAGCACAACCCACAGACCAUUUCCCACUGCCGCUACCGUCGUUCUGCAUCGACGCAAGAGUAGGCGAAGGAACACCUAA